UUCUUCCAACAUGAUCAUCAGCCUGAUGAUCCGAGCCCUCAUGAUGUUCCCCCUGGGAUUUUGCUGGCCAUCGGUUUUCCAAGAGAAAUUUCUCAGAGCUUUGGAUCCGGAAGAUGUUUUCUCUUAUUUUGGCACCAGCUCAGUUUCUGACGUACCUGAGUUUGUUGUUGCUCAGCCGACUUGCCCUGGUAAAGAAGAGCAGAUUGGGCUGGCGUCCUAUCGGAUUCAACACUGCUCCAUUGAGGCCUGGGGACAACUCUAUGCCUUUGAGUUCCUAGAGGACCAUGCCCUCCUGUCCUCUUCCUUUGUGAGCCAUCAUAUGAUGAACUCUUCCUUUAGCUUGCUGAAGCGAUUCUCAAGCAACUGCUUUGCAGGAGGCAAUCCACUGCAACCUCCAGGGGCUAAGUGUAGAGUCACGUACUGUGAAGGGCACCUGCAAGGAGUCAUCGUUGCAGAUGAGGAACAGAUUCAUGUCAGGCCUGUCAGAAGCAAAGAUAUUGCCCUGCUGAAGGACUUGGGUUUCUCCAGACCCCACAUUCUCUUCAGAAGCGCUGGAAGAGGGGCAAGUACAGCAAGAGCAGAGCAGUCUCCUCGCCUGCAGAAGAGGGCUGAGGGAACUGUCAAACAUCUGGAGCUGAUGGUUGUAGCAGGUCCUGAUGUUUACUUGUACCACAAAGAGGACACGGAGCGAUACAUUCUUGCUAACCUGAACAUUGGAGCAGAGCUGCUGAGGGAUGCUUCACUGGGUGUUCAUUUCAGGGUUCACCUGAUGCAAAUGAUUGUUUUGCGAGAACCAGAGAUGGACGUAAACAUCACGACAAAUAUCACCUCCUCGCUGAUGAGUGUUUGCGAAUGGAGCAAGAAAGUCAACCCCCAGAACGACUCUGACCCCCUGCAUGCUGACAUUGUCCUGUAUGUGACCAGGUUUGACCUGGAGUUGCCUGACGGGAACAAGGAGCUACGUGGAGUGACCCGUUUAGGUGGAGUCUGCUCCUCCUUCUGGAGUUGCGUUAUUACCCAGGACACAGGCUUUGACCUGGGAGUCACCAUAGCCCAUGAGAUUGGGCACAGGUCAGUGAGGAAAGCCGCAGAGCAGCAAAAUAUGCCUGCUGUUUUGGGUGGUUACAUCAUGGGUGCAGGAGAAAGCCACAACAGUAUUGACCUUACCUGGUCACCCUGUAGCCAGGAAGAGUUUCUGGCCUUUGUCAACACAGGCCAAACAAACUGCUUAAAUGACCUGCCGGACACGGACGGCAGCAUCCCUGGGUGGAAGCCUGGCUUGUAUUAUGGAGCAGAUGAACAAUGUAAAAUAGCCUUUGGGAAUGUCGCUACAGCAUGCACCUUUGCUGACAGCAACGUUGAUAUAUGUAAUGUUCUCUCAUGCCAUGUACAACCAGGAGACAAAUCCAGCUGCACUCGGCUUUUUGUUCCCCUCUUGGAUGGUACUGAUUGUGGAAUCAAUAAGUGGUGCUUCAAGGGACGGUGCAGCUCUCUGGAAGAACUGACCCCCAUGGCUGUCGUGCAUGGGCAGUGGUCCAGCUGGAGCCCCUUCUCCUCCUGCUCCCGCAGCUGUGGAGGUGGAGUUGUGAUAAGGCAGCGGUUCUGCAACAACCCCAGGCCUGCUUUUGGGGGGCAAGAGUGCCAAGGAGCUGGCGUCCAAGUGGAGAUGUGCAAUACCCAGGCCUGUUUGAUGACCCAGCUGGACUUUAUGGCUGAGCAAUGCGCAGCAACAAAUGUAAAGCCACUGGAUCUCGCUGUAGAAGCGCCAUCCUUUUAUACCUGGACUUCUGCUGUUGGCUUUGCCAAAGGAGACUUGCUGUGCAAGCACAUGUGCAGAGCAGUUGGAAAAGAAUUUAUGGUAAGCCGUGAAGAUAGUUUCAUAGAUGGAACCAGAUGCGAGCAGGAUAACUCUGAACUCCUUGGGGCUUUCCAUCUGUGUGUAAUGGGAAGCUGCAAAGCAUUUGGGUGUGAUGGUCAGAUGGACUCCAAGAAGAUAAUGGACUCUUGUAAGGUCUGUGGGGGUGAUAAUACCACAUGCACCAAAGUGAGUGGAUCUUACACAGAAGGAAAAACUAAAGAGUAUGUUACAUUUCUGCAUUUGGCUCUUUACCUCACUGCUAUUUUUGCUCCUCUAGCUGUGAAAGUUAAAGGUGAGUAUGUUGUUGCUGGAAAGGGAAAAAUCUCAUUGAAUGUCACCUAUCCAUCUGUUCUGGAGGACAGCCAGAUCAAAUACAAAGUGUUUCUCACCAAGAGCAACCUGCCAAGCCUAGAGGAAGUCCAUGUGGAUGGGCCAACGCAAGAGGAAAUUGAGAUACAGGUCUAUAGAAGGUAUGCAAAAGAAUACGGCAAUGCCACCAACCCAGAUAUCACCUUCAGCUAUUUUGUGCCAAAAGAGAAUCUGACAUAUAUGUGGAUUCCUCAGAAGGGGCAAUGCUCAGUGACCUGUGGAGAAGGGACUCGCCUGGUGGAUCAUGUGUGCUUUGACCGGACAAAGAAUGAAACAACAGAGGACCAGCAGUGUCUGGGCCUCCUGCAGCCCCUUUCAGAGCAGGAGCCCUGUGCUGUGGGACCAUGUCUGUACAGGUGGAAGAAAUCUGAAAUAGAUGAAUGCUCUGCCGUCUGUGGAACCGGAGUUGCCCAGCAGAAUCUGACCUGUGUUCAGUCUCGUGAUGGACUGGAGACUGUUGUGGAUGACAGCUUAUGCCCAGCGGAAGAAAAACCCCUCUCCAUCGUGCCGUGCGUGGUUAAUGUCUGCCCUUUAGGCUGGGAUAAAGAGGAAGACACACGCUUGCUGCAGACUUUUGAGUCAUUUGGGCAUAUCCAGCUGGAAAAUAAGCCCGUGUAUGUCUGGAGCCCUCUGGCUGGAGAGUGUUCUGUUUCCUGUGGUAAAGGUAAGACUCAGCUACAAUAUGUAUGUGUGGCUUUUGACACCAAAGAAGAGACCCAGGAAGAAAAUUGUCACCCAGUGCCAAAGCCUGAGAGCAGGAUGGAAGUUUGCAAUCUCAAUCCCUGUCCACCAAGGUGGCAUUACAAAAUCGGCUCGUGCAGCGUAAGCUGUGGAGGAGGUGUGAUGCAUAAGGUCCUCUACUGUGCAAGGGAGAUCGGGGAGAAGGCGGAACAGAUUGUAGCAGAUACCCGGUGUGAUGGUUUGCCUCGCCCAGAGGAGCAGGAGCCGUGUAAUUUGGAGCCGUGCCCUCCAAGAUGGAAGGUAACCCCAGCUAGCCCCUGUUCCUCCACCUGUGGGCUUGGCUUAGCUGUUCAGCUGGUCACCUGUGUUCAGAUCCACCAAGGCCAAGAGAUGUUGCUGGAGGAGCAUUUAUGUCCUGUGGCAGAGAAGCCUCUUACCAGCAUCCCCUGUGUCAUCCGAAUGUGUUCUUAUGAAUGGGGCUUCAGCGAAUGGACAGAGUGCUCCACUUCAUGUGGGAAUGGUGUUCAGACACGUCAGGAUUUCUGCCUCAACCCGCUAACCCGUAAGCACGUGAACCCCAUCUUCUGCAGGCACUUCCCCAAGGCCAUUGUGCUGCGUGGCUGCUCCGCAGGGCCCUGCCAUGAGCAGGCCGUGGCAGCCAGAUCCCAUGGAGCAGAGCUCCAGACAGUGACACCAGCCAUGCGUCCGACGACAGCUGUAACUGCCAAAUGGGCAAGAUAUAAGGGUCUGGAUCUUCUUCCAUCUGCUGUGCCACCUGUUCCUCAGGAACCAACAGAGGAGACUAGUGGAGGUGUCUGUGGGAGGCUCUUUCUCAAUGCCACGGGGAUCAUCAACAUGAUGGGUGUAGAGGGCAGUGACUGCACUGUGACCAUCGGACGCCCUCUCGGGGAGGAGAUAAGAGUCAGCAUUCUGGAGAGCUCCCUGAACUGCAGUGCAGGAGAGCUACUGCUGCUUUCUGGGCGAAUGAUGUGGCAGACGGGCUGCAGGAAGCUCCCUUUGUCACUGAUAAAUUCCAGAACAAAUACGCUGAUUGUGAAACAGCGUGUUUUGAUGCCAGGGAAUGGGGUCGUUCUUCAGUACAGCAGCAGAGCGGCAACUAAAAAAUAUUACCAAGACUGUGACAAGCAGUUGUUUGGUCCCCAAGGUGAAAUAGUGAAUCCUGUGCAAUUGCCUGAUCAUAGGCAAGAAGUAGUGUGUCGGACCUUCAUCAAUGUGGCUCCUCGGCAUCGCAUAGCCAUCCGCGCCCUGUAUAUUGACCUGGGCAAUGAGAGCAACCAAACGCAAUCUAAUUAUAUCCUGAUCCGUGAUGUAAGCACCAUGAAGACGAUGGUGUUUCAUGGAAGACAACAAUUCUUCUGGGAAUCAACUGGAAGCCAAGCUGAAAUUGAAUUCCAUGAAAACGUUAAGGAACAUCGAACCCGUUUCUGGGCCGAAUAUCACAUUGCUGAGCCCAACUAAAAGGUGCCAGGGCCACCCCACUGAGAAAGACCGUGAUCCAAUUAGUUACUGCUGCCCAUUCACUCCUCCGGGUCAUGCAAGUCAUUUAACCUUUUUGCCUCUGCUUUCCCAUCUACUGAGUUAGAACACUAAUAUCUGCCAAAUCUUUUGGGAUCUCAGUUAAUAUUUAUAAACUUCAUGCAGAAGACAUUAUCUGACUACCAAAUAUUUAACAAAUAGUCCUCAAGGGUUUUCUGUCUGUAUUGAUUGGUAUUAAUGCAAUGUACUUGUCUGCAGUUAGUGACUGGGACACUGAGGUCGUAGAGUCCUGUUUCUGUUGUAUGUUGUCACCUUAUAGGAUGAUCAUUUCUGUUUUCAGUGUCCCAUUACAAACCUCUAUAAGUAGCUAAGAUUAUGGUUUAAUCAUUAAGUUCACGCUCCGGCAGCAUAAAUGCCCCUUCAAACUCAAGCCCAUAGAAUUCAGGUAUAAAGAAGGCAAAGAUGUGUAUGAGGACAAGAUGUUAGGACACGAAAACUAGACCAGUGUAUGGGGGCAAGAGAGUUUCUUUGCCCAGGAGGGUAGUUCAACACUGGAACAGAUCACCCAGGGAGGUGGUAGAAUCUCUGUCUUUGAGUGUUUUCAAAACUCAGCUAGACCAAGGCACAGCUGACCUGGUCCAGCAGUGACAACAGUUUGGCUUUGUAUGGGAGGUUGGACUAAGUGACCUCCAGAGGUCCCUCCCAGCCACCACUUGUGUGGUUCUACUAUUACAUGUUUGAUAGUGAUACCAGUACUUCCUUUCUAUGAGAAAAUAAAAGAACUCUGUUUCUCAACGAUGAAUUUGGUGCCAAGUUAUAUUUACUCAGAUAGCAACAGUAGCUGUGCUAAUAAUCUGCUUGUCUCUUCAUUUCACAGGAACUGGGCAGUGAGAGAUUGUUGAGGCUGCACGAGAUUAUGAGUUGUAGCAGGAAGGAAUAUUUUAGAGCAGUGACAAAUAUUCUCUCAAGUUUGGUUUAAACAUACAUAUAUAUUUUAAUAUCUUGAACAUUUUCAGCGGAAGUAUCCUCCUGCUUUGAUCUAGAUCUGUCAUAGCAUGCUAGGAAAGUGGUCUUUUCCAGACCUGGAGCUUGGUUGGACACCCCUGCUCCUACUGUUCAUGCUGGAUGCAAUAAAAGGUUCUGCCUGGGCACGCUUAA